UUUUACAAAAAAGAAAAUAUUCGAUAUUUUCCUAUUGAAAGAAUGUUUCAAUAUCUCUUUGCUGAAGUUUAAAAAGCUUUUUUGACUAAUGAUCAAAAGAAUUUCACAUUUACAUUUAAGUUUCAAAAGGAACAGAAGAUACAGUAUGUGCACACUCAGCAACAACAAAACCGUACUCAAGCUUUUGUUCACAGAGAACCAUAUAUAAAAACUUAGUGUUUUAAUCUUAAAUCCUUUUUUUUUUUUUUUUUACCAAUUUGUAAUUUUCUAAAUUAUAUCUUUAAACAAUGUAUAGGGUGAAUUCAAAUUUCUUUGUGACAGUGUUUUUCGAAUUUCUCUCUACGUUUUCUUGCUGUGACUAAAAUCCCCGACUCAUGAUACACAUUCUGGUCCAUUUCAAUAUUUUCAAGAAAUUUGGCUUACACUUUUCUCAAAACAUACAGUAUAAACAUUUUAUUGAUGUGUUUGGGACAAAUCUUUUUUUUAUUCAUUUAAUUUCCUUCUCAGGAACAUUUUUAACACUAUAAGUUGCAUGUUUCUUCACUGCAUCAAUAAAUCAAAACCCAACAACAAAACAGCGAUGGCUUUACAUCUGCAUCUUUAUACUUCAAUACCAUGCAAUUUCAUCUGGACCAUACAAGACCCACAGCAUACAAUCAAGCUCUGUAAAUGUUCUUUAGAGGAAACACUAGACUGGAGUGUAAUCUAGCAUGGAAUGGCCUGCCCAAUUACCAAGUCACUAAAUCCUAUUGUUCUGCUCUGGGUUGAACUGGAUUGCAAGGUCAGAAAAAAAAUAUCCAACUAAUGAAUAACACAUUUGACAAGUUUGACAAGAGGCCUAGCAAAGUAUUAAAGCUGAACGUUCAGAGAAACCAAUUAAACAUUUAUUUGUUUGGUCAAAGUAAAUAAUCAUUCCAUUGUAUUACAAAAGGAUGUUUAUGUGCAUUUUAAUUAUGUGAAAAAUUUGUCAAUUAGUAACAAUUUAUGCAUAAAAUAAUCCUCACAUUUUUCUUACAUAUGAAAAUAUAAAAGUUGAUGCGUAUUUGCUCGAAUUAAAUAAGGACCCAAUGUAAACAUUUUAGGCAUCUUGAUAUCCCAACAUAGAAUUAAACUGAUCCUGAGGAAUAUUAUAGACUCUACACAUGUACAUCAUGCAGUGAUCCAGUUGUCAUUUGCCUGAUUGGAUAAUUGGAUAAAAUGUAAAGGUGCACGUGCGUUCCUAUUAAAGCAUGCCAUCAACAGAGCAGUUGUGGCUUCACAUCCAAGAUCCUGUCCUUUACACGCAUUUACUCCUAGCCUAACGGAAAUGAGGCUCGCGGACACGCUGUACGGCUUCCGUGCGCUUCCGCUUCUUUUCGAAUCAACCGCGCGCGUGCAGUCUUUCAUGAAUGAACUGACGUGACUGAAAAUCAUAUGACGUCUGGCGUCGAAACAAGUCAACAAGAGGGCUAGCGGUGCGGUGCGGUGCGGUGCGGUGGGUGGAAUGGGGGGGACAAAAGCGAGCUGCUGCACGAGAACAUCAUCCUCAUCAUCAACAACAAAGGAAGACAGCGACACAUUAUAUGCACGCGCUUGGCUUCCGGAGCGGACCCGGUGUCUCCCGUUUCUCUAGGAUACUGGAGCAUCUUGUCUCAUGUGGGUGAGUCGAAUUAAGGCACAGGACCCUUUGAAGAAGAAGAAAAAGAAGGGAAUACAAAGAAGACGAAAACAGCGCGUUGUUUAAUGGGUCUGCACGCGCGCCGCCGGUCCUAAUUCACAAGCGCGUGUGCGCGUGCUCCACCUGCCUGGGUAAAUGCAUGCGCGAGGUUGACGGAGCGACAGGAUAUUGACGGGAGCCGGGGAGCAGUUGUGUGAGGUUGUGGGGGAUUCCCUUUAUCCGUCCGUUCAGCGUGAGAGGAGGGAGGAGGGAGGACGGUGGAGUGGAGUGAAGUGGAGGGAGGCGGCGAAGUGCAUCUGGUCUGGAAUCGCAAUCACGAGCGUGUGUAGUGACAGCUAGGGGGCUCGUGGUCGAGAAAAAAGAAGGAGAAGGAGAAAAAAAAGAGAAAGAGAGAGAAAAUGUGUAACCCGAUCGGCGCGUUAGUUUGCUAGCUCAUGCACGCGCGCAGCACACGAGCGCUGCUGUUUCAUCAAAAUCCAGUCGACGCUCCUGUGGUUUUCCGAGAGCGCCAUCAGCAGACAGUCUUCCAGGAUAGUCAAGUGUGGCUCUCGUGGCAUGACUACUACAAGUAAGGGAAACAAAGCCCUGAAGGUGAAGCGGGAGCCAGGUGAGAAUGGCACGAGCCUUACGGACGACGAGCUAGUGUCGAUGUCGGUGCGUGAGCUGAACCAACACCUGCGCGGCCUAACCAAGGAUGAGAUCGCACAACUAAAGCAGCGGCGGCGCACGCUAAAGAACCGCGGCUAUGCAGCCAGCUGCCGCGUCAAGCGCGUCACGCAGAAGGAAGAACUGGAGAAACAGAAAGCUGAGCUGCAGCAAGAGGUGGAGAAACUCGCUUCUGAGAACGCCAGCAUGAAGGUAGAGCUAGAUGUGCUGCGCUCCAAGUAUGAGGCACUGCAAAGCUUCGCCAGGACUGUGGCACGCAGCCCCAUACCAGGUGCCAGAGGCGCAAUCACGCCAAUCAUCGUACCAGGCAAGGUGGCUGCCACAAGUGUCAUCACCAUCGUCAAGUCCAAAACGGAGGCACGCUCAUAAUGCACAAUGCCUUUGGUCAGUGAAUCAUUAUCAAGCACAGAUCUGCAACACCUGCUUUAAACAAUACAGCAGUUAAACGUGGUCUGCCUAAGCAGUGUGCUUUGUUAGCACGGCAUGUCUGGUGAGUUUUGGUUGUUAAACUCCAUUAUGGCCUUUCUGGUUUUGCAUAACUGUGGUUUUUUUUUUUUUUGUUUGUUUUUUGAGUGUCCGAUGUUUCCCAGAUUUAGCACAACCUUCUAUGCACCAUAGUAGGGAUUACUUAGUCCAUAGAAAAAAAAAAAUACAAAAAGCAGAACAUUCAAACUACGUCUACUGUCAAAGCCUUCACAUAUCUAAAAGCAAGAUAUAUCUUACUAAAUGCAUUCUUUGUUUUAAUUUUAGUGACUUUUUUUUUUUUUUACUGAAUGUCCCUGGUAAAACCUGAUUUUUUGCAUUUAGCUGAUUCAGGUGUGAAAGGGCAAGCAAACUUGGCACUGGCUAAACUCAUGUCCAGGGAAACAAUGCAGUCCAACACAGUUACCACUGAAUUUGGUUUGCAACAUAUUUGCGACAUUGCACUGAGAGUUUUGUUUACUGAUAUUUUAGCAAUCUGCUGAUACAAUAGAGGUAGUAUUAGAUGAACAAUAUUUUCUUUUUUCCAGAUUCCUGUGCUUGAUAUUAUCCACUGACCACCUUUCAGAAGGGCAUCAUGGUUUUGCAACUGAUGAUGAAAUCUAUUAAUGACAGUGUAUAAGUGUCAGCAUUACAAAAAAACAACAACAACAAAAAAUUCUUAUUACUUUAAAAAUAAGCCUAUUAUGAGGGUGAAUAGUUUUUAGACAUUGUAGCUGCUGAGCCAAACCUUGAUUUGAUUUUGAGUGAAAUUUAACUUGUUUUGGUACUGAAGUGUUUUUAAUUAAUUUAUAGUACAAAUUGCGCUUCCAUUUACAUUCUUUAAAAAAAGAAAAUGACUAAAAUUUACCUACUCCAAAUUAUAUACCAGAUAUACUGGGUGGCUUGGAAAAAGAAAAGAAAGUUAGCUUUGCAUAUAUAUUUUUUUCUGGUAGCAGUUUGAUACUCGGUCAGUGCAAUAGGAUGAAAACUAUGAACUCUCAUUUUUGGCAUGUUUGGGGGAAAUAUCCAAUUUAUACAAGCCGUCCGGUUAUUUUAGACCUAGCUGAUGAGAUUAGACAUGAUUGGUAUCCAAAUUUGGCUCCUUUAUUUUCGGUUCUGGUGCUACAUUGCUAACAGUAAAUACUAACUAAUGGUAGUCUAUGACCACCCAUUUGCAUCAUGCAAACUCCAUGCUGAAAUUAUUACACACUUGUCAGACACAGUGAAAAAACCACGAAUGUAAUUGGUUAAAAAUUGGCUACAAUAUUUAAGAGGUACUGCAAGAUGUUAGGGGUUUUAAUGAAAUCCACAAAGUUCAAAACCAACAGGCUGCUAAUACAGUUUACUACACGCCGUUCCUUUUAAGAAAGUUUCUAUAUUAUAUAAAUACAAUGCUAUAAGAUUGUCUCAAAAAAAGCCUUAAAUUGCAUACUGAACGUGGUUGGAGGCCAGAUUUUGCCAUGCUGUUUGUAUGAUGGCGAGAUUUACAAAACAAAUUAGAGAUCAGAGGUUUCUAUGACUUGUGAGCCUCAUGUAAUUCUUAUGUUAGCUCAAGCGCAAAAGCAGAAAAUGUGGACAUGUUCUGGGCUGAUAAACAAUGCUUAAGGGGCAGAGCAUUUGUGUCAACUAGAAUUUUCCCCCAAACAAUUCCUUUAUAGAUAAAAGUUUGGUGAUCCAUUCCAUGCCAUGCCAUGCCAACAUGUCAAAAAAACAAACAAACAAAAAAAAAAACGACAACUGUUGAACAACUGUUAGUUUUUUGUGCCCUGUUUUGUUUAAUUCCAUUUGUGGAAUGAUGUUUACAAGUUAUAUUCUGAUGAAUAUGACAAGGAGAGGCAAUAAACUACUGUAUUUAUGCAUGGAAAAGGAGAAAUCCGGGAACUGUCUCCGAGGGUGAUGUUCACCUUUUAUAGACACAAGUUCUAUCAUGUUUGUUAUGAGGGAGCCUGUCCAUAGAACAUAGCAAACUCCUUCCUUGUUUGAUUAUGUUUUUUGUGGUUUUUAAAAAUGGUUUGGUGUAGAAGUUUAUUGGCAAACGUGAAGUAUCGAGUGGUUUAGUUUUGUUCGACAUUCUUAGAGCUUAAUACUGUGGAUGGACUGGUCAUAGCUGCCUCAACGCAAUCCACACACAAGCUUUAUCGUUUUCUUAUUAUUCGCAAGUGUUCUUUGAUGUCUUUGUCCAGCUAAAGGUUUUAGCUCUAUCUUUGUUAUUUUCUGGUAGAAAAAAAAAUGUUUUGUUAUUUAUAACAGAGGUGUUCAACUCAUGUCCUCGAAAGGCUAGAGGUCAGCUCAGUCUGGACAUUUUCCUGCACUAAUACACUGGUAAAAGGAGUUUUCUCAUCAGGUGUCUUUGAGCAGAAAAAUUACAACUGACCUGAAUGCUGACCUUUGGACCAUUUGAGUUGGGCACCCCUUAUUUAUAGGGAAAAAAAAUGUCUGGGGAAAAAUACAACUCUUGAACUUGUUUGAUAUUGACUUUGCAAUUGUACCAAAAGUGGCUUAUUAUUGAAGUCUGAUAGCUUUUUUAGUGACUAGGCGCGUGGCGUGCUGUGAAAGUGAUCAGGUGGCAGUGUCGUCCACUCUAUCGGUGUCAUUCUGUACUAUUUACAUGAAUAUAUUUAGAAGAAUUUGUAGAAGAAAAGCAAUGUAUAGAACACAGACAACCAUUCAUUUUGGUCCCUUCCAUUUAAACAAUGCAGAUAUGGUUUCUUUUUAACACUGUCUCAGCUGAAUUCUUCCGUCUCUGUGGUCUAUCCCAAAUAACGGACUUCCAUAAUGCAAGAUGUUGCUGAAGGUGCUAUCCAGGACAAACAUUAAGCAAGAUAUUUCAUAACUUGGGCAAGGCAUUUUCCAAACACAUAUUUAGGUAUUAUAUUAGAUAAAAUUCUGCUUUUGCUGCUUUUGUGAAAGUAUUCAGGCAGCAACGAUCAAUUCUAUCUAUUGUGCCGUCCUUUUGCCUGAUUGGCUACUCGUUGUGGUGCCCACAUCCACAUUAUCUCAUAUAGUGUGACACACUAUUAUGAUGAUCUUUGUUAAGUCAAUGUGUGUAUGUCAUAUUUUGUUUGCACUGUCUAAUAUUAACAAAUUUACCAAUGAAUAUUGCAGUGUAGACAGUGUAAAUCCUAAUCUGAAGUCGAACAAUAAUUACUACAAAAGUAUUGUUAGGUUUAUUGAUGUGUAAAAUAAUAUCAACCAAACAUUUAUCUUUCUUAAUUCCAUUAUGUUGCACAUGAGUUAUGUCAGAUGUGAUCUAUGAGCAUAUGCAGCACAGUGCUUUUAUAUGAGCAGCAUAUAAAAUGAUUGUGUUAAAUUGGCUUCCUUAAUGAAUAAUUUAAAAAAAAAUGCACAUUUGAGGCAGGUAUAUUUGCUCAGGAAAAAAAAAAUCAUCUUCCAACUGGGGAUGAAAGGAUGGCAUCGUGGUGCAGAGUUUAGUGUUGCUGCAUCACAGCUCUAGGGUUCAGGGUUUAGUUUUGAAAUUAGGUUAAUGUGUAGAAGUUCUCCACAAGCCCACAUGGGUUUCUACCAGGUUCUUUCUCAGGGGUGGACAAAUCAUUAGUUAGCCCACCAGGCGAAUAAAAACUCCAAUGUGCAACAAAGAUACCUGUAGAAGGUAGCUGUCUGACAUUUCUACCCUUACAUUGUGUGGAAUGUCUAUUUUCUCUUUUAAUAUGUGUCCCUGCAAAUUGAUUUUAGAUAUAGGUUAAAUAUGCCUUAUAUACCAGCCUGAUGCAAGACUGAUUUUCUUUUUCAAUAUGUCUGUGUUUUUCAUUGGUACAAUGACAGAGCAAAAAUGGUUCCACUAUUAACCAAAUCCUAGGCUGAGCAACAAGUUGUUUUGUGUGUGGCUUUUUUUAAUUAGGUCAUAUGAUUAUUUUAUAUGGUUGUCUAAGAAUUUGUCCACUUUGCCAACUAGAAAAAUAACAACUGUAAAAAUUGCUUUUCUAUGCGCCUGGGUUACUGAUUUGUCCACCUCUGUUUCCAGUUUCCAGUAGGCGGACUGGCUGAACAAAACUGCUUGUAGCUGUGUGAACAUGUGUAGGCAUCCAGGGUGUAUUCCCGCCUAAUGGACUUUUCAACGACUUUUGGAUUCACUGUGACCCUGACCAGAAUUAAGCUAAAUGAACUGGCACUAAAAGUAAAAAAAUCUGUCUAAAGAACAUCUUAUUGUGCAAGAUGAUUAUUUCGAUAGAUAUGCAAAGCCUAAUAGAAUGUCCUGGUUCAUUGUAGAACAAGGUAGCUGGCCAAGAAGCUAAAAUGUCUUGCACUAUAGGAUUCCUGGUAGGCUGGCUUGAAGGCUAACCUGUAAAACUGUCCACCCGUGUAAUUUCACACUUAUUGCACUGAAUAAUAGGGAUAUGACCAGUAUCACGGUUUACAGUGCGCAAAUGAAAUGCCAGCCGUGCUGUGCUUUAAGCAACAAAACACGCUAUUGGAAAAGAAAAGAAAAGAAAAAUCCAUGCUUUCUUAAUAAGGUGAAAAGCAAUUACUCUGAACAAGAUUAGAUCAUUCUCACAACGAUGCCAACAAAAUACUGUGGAUAAACAUAGUACUGUCAACGUUCAGUUUUGAAAAUACACCACAAUACAUGGCUGCCAGGUUAUCAUGCCGUGAAUUUUUUCACAUCAUUCCACUCUAAUCCUAAAUUAGUCAAUUUAUUAAUUUAGAUUCCCAUUCUUACGAAGAAAAAAGAAAACAAACAUUGCAGGCUCUCAGGGGUUUCUUGUGUGUUUACUGUGCAUAAGCCUCCUCUGUGGUGUUAAAUGGAGUUAUUGGACAAAUGCCCCAUAUUUUCCUUUUGUGGGCAUAAAUGAUUGAUUGGAGCUAUUUCACGUAGCCCGAUGCCCAUGAUGGUUAUCACAAAAGAGCGAUAGUAAGAUGGAUAGGAGGAGGGGUGAUGUCACACUGAGCUGAGUAUUGAAAUAUAAAAAGACUGUUGAUUGUCAUGCAUCGAGUAACAGUAUCAGGAAUAUAGCUAAGUCACUAAGUUAGUAAGGAAAUUGUCAUGUCUAACAGUUCUGUUGGGGGCCUUGUCAUUUUCUACAUAGAUCACACUAUGCAUCCAGGAGAGCCUUUAAUCCCUGCCAUUGUCUUACCAGAGAUUCAAAGAUCCACUCACUAUAUCAGCACUUACGUGACAAAAUCUGUUAGCUGUAGGCUAACAAGGGUUUGUUCAUCAUGUUCUGUGUUUGUUGAGCAGGUUCAAACACCAGGUUCAUAUAUGGCUCUGAAUAGUUUGUUGUCUUGAAACUGUUAAUUCAGAAAAAAAUACAAAAUAAAUAAAAAAAAUAAAUAAAAAGCUAUGAAAUGUGAGGUGGUAAUCGGUGAAUAGAAUGUGCUGUUUUGGAUAUCUAUGAGUACUUUGUACGAAAUACAGUAACAAAAAUGGGUGAACUGUAACUUUAUUAAUUAAAUUAUUGUACUUUUUUGCAAUCUGUACAUACAAAAGUGAUGAUGUAUUAAUAUAUAUAUUCAUAUAUAAGAACUGUGGAUUUUAACCAUGCAGAUAGUCUUUCUUGGGUUUGACUAAGUUAUUGAUGUACUGUUGUAUAUAUUGUACGUUUGGUGAUAUACAGCUUCCUUUAUUUUAUAUAUGAUCAAU